AUGGCAUCAAGCUUCAUUCUCACUCUUUCUGCACCUGAGCGCCCCGGAAUUGUCCACGCUGUGACUGCUUUCCUCGUCCAGCACAACCUGAACAUCAUUGAUUCAUCUCAAUUCGGUGAUGCUUCUUCCCAGCGAUUCUUCUUGCGCAUGCACUUUGCGCCUGCCAGUAAAGAUGCCGAAGUUGCUGAUCUCGAGAGUCUGCGGUCCGCGUUCCAGUCCACUGCCGAGUCAUUCUCCUUGGACUACGAGAUCCACCCCACUACUCAAAAGCCCAGAGUGAUGAUCAUGGUAUCCAAGAUCGGUCACUGCCUGAACGACAUUCUAUUCCGACAGUCUACCGGCCAGCUCAACAUUGAAAUCCCCCUGAUAAUCUCCAACCACCCCGACUUCGCUGCCCUCGCCGCCACCUACAACAUCCCCUUCCACCACCUCCCCGUCAAGGCCGAUACCAAGGCGGAGCAAGAGGCCCAGAUCCUCGAGCUAGUCAGCCGACACAAUAUUGACUUGAUUGUUCUCGCCCGCUACAUGCAGGUUCUCUCACCAAAGCUGUGUGAGGCUAUGUCCGGCAAAAUCAUCAACAUCCACCACAGCUUCUUGCCCUCUUUCAAGGGCGCUAAGCCUUACCACCAAGCGUAUGACCGUGGUGUGAAGAUCAUUGGUGCUACAGCCCACUUCGUCACCAGUGACCUUGAUGAAGGCCCGAUUAUUGAGCAGAACGUUGUUCGCGUUAACCACGGCAUGAGCCCUAAGGAGCUUACUCAUGCUGGGAGCAACGUUGAGAGCAAUGUCCUCGCCGCAGCUGUCAAGUACGUUACUGAGCGGCGUGUACUGCUGAACAAAAACAAGACUGUUGUGUUUAACUGA